CGUGAGGAUGCUUCGCGUCUUAUCAAUAGAACCAACUCGCUCAUCAUCCCGAACGCGCCUUUUCCUCCUGCCCACCUGUAUGUAGGCAUCUGGAAUAGGGACGGGACCGAGCCCUCGUAUCGACAUAUUUGUUCGUGACAAUACGCAGGUCUCCUUUUUGAGAAUUUAGGGAAUACGCAGAUUAUGGGUUCCUCGCCCCGCCCUAAAGCUGCGACGACGACGGCAUCACUUCCAAGAUGAUCCCGCACCGACAGGUCGCUACGGGCAAUCGAAUAGAUCUUUGAGAACUAGAGACGACCUUAUUUCGGAUUGAGCUCACGUCGAAGUCAACAUGGCAAAUCGUCUAGACACCAAUUCGAAUGCCGUGCGGAAACGCAUAGAGAGCCAUUCCUUUUCCGAUGAGACCGGCGAAGAGUAUGAGCCCAGCGCCUUUGGAGGCUUUGGCGACUACUUUCGUCGGAAGAAGAUCAAAUUGCAAAAUCUUGACUCUGAACUGCGAGCUUCAUCGACAGACAAACCCCAAAUCUUCAAGGGCGUCGUCGCGCAUAUUAUGGGCUAUACGCAGCCACCCCUCCACGUCCUACACCGCGAUCUGGUUCAGCAUGGCGCAGGGUUUCUUCAAUACUUGGACUCGAAGACCAUGGCAACGCACAUCAUAGCGUCCAGCCUACCGCCGAAAAAGAUGGUGGAUUUCGGUAAAUACAGAAUCGUGAAGCCUGCAUGGGUUGUAGAUUCUAUCCAAGCUGGGAAACUUCUUCCAUGGUCGGAAUAUCGUGUGAUAGAGGAGACGCCUAGACAGAAAACCUUGAGGCUAGACGGAAGCUCGAUUUCUACUCAGAAAAAUACGCAAAAGUCGCCUUUGGCAGGGUAUCGAGAACAGACCCAGAGUAGUUUCUAUACAAGCCAGUUCAAGAAUGCCACGCCACCAUUUGUCGAACGGAACCCUGCUCAAGAUAACUCGCCUAGUCAGUCGAGGUGGUUCCUGCGGAACACCGAUGCUAUCGAGGCUGAAACUACAGAACAACCUCCUGCGCCUUCGUUGAUAUUCCGGGAGCCACGGGAGACCCCCGAUAUCCCCAACAAGUCAGACAUGUCCUCAAAAUCGACUAUUGACCCCAUAGAAGCCCCACUAGAUAGGCCUAUUGAUCGAUUACACCCCGAGGAUGCGGAUGAAAUAGGGGAGGAAGCCCGGCCAGGGUCGUCUGUCGAACAGGGAAAACCGAUGACGUCGGAGGAACACAACGCAUUGCUCCUCCAGGACCCCAGGAACAGAAAAACCUCUACCGCGAACCCGGGCUUCAUACAGCAGUACUACUCUGAGAGCAGGCUUCACCACUUAUCGACAUGGAAAGCCGAGCUGAAGUCGCGUAUGCAAAAGCUUGCGGCCGAGAAGGGCAGCGAAAGGAAACCGACGAAGAGAAAACCGGGGGCGAGGCGGUAUAUAAUGCACGUCGACUUCGAUAGCUUUUUUUGCGCCGUCUCGCUAAAAAGCGCCCCAGAAUUUGUCAAGAAGCCAGCCGUCGUCGCCCACGGCACCGGGACAGGGUCGGAAAUUGCGAGUUGCAAUUACCCGGCAAGGGAAUUUGGUGUCAAAAAUGGCAUGUGGAUGAAGAGAGCGAAGGAGUUAUGUCCCGAACUCAAAGUGCUCCCGUACGAUUUUCCAGCCUACGAGGAAGCCAGCAAAUUAUUCUAUGAGAGCAUCUUAGAAGUAGGCGGUGUCGUUCAGAGCGUCAGCAUCGAUGAAGCUCUUAUCGACGUCACCUCGAUCGUGCUCUCCGCAGCUGGAUCGGACGGCUCCGGAGUCGAGGAAGGCAGUAUAUGGAGAGAGCAGGAGAAGGCGAACCAGAUGGCGUCUUCAUUGCGGGAUCAGGUUAAGAAAAGGACGGGAUGUGCCGUCUCCGUCGGAAUCGGCGGCAAUAUUCUGUUAGCAAAAGUUGCCCUUCGGAAAGCCAAACCCGCUGGCCAGUACCAGAUCAAACCGGAAGAUGUAUUGAGCUUUCUCGGAGAGCUGAAGGUCGAUAGCCUUCCCGGAGUCGCGUACAGCAUUGCUGGCAAGCUAGAAGAAAUCGGAGUAUCGUAUGUAAACGACGUCCGUCAGACUUCCAAGGAGCGCCUAGUCACCCUUCUCGGCCCCAAGACGGGCGAGAAACUCUGGGAGUACGCGCGCGGCAUCGACCGGGCAGAAGUCGGCGAACAACCGAUACGCAAGUCCGUCUCGGCCGAAGUCAACUGGGGCAUCCGGUUUAUCAGCCAGGACGAAGCCGAGGAAUUCGUGCUCAACCUAUGCAAGGAGUUGGAGAAGCGCCUCCUCAACGAGCAGGUCAAGGGGUCCCAGCUUACGAUGAAAAUCAUGCGACGUUCGGUCGACGCCCCCCUCGACCCGCCAAAGCACCUAGGCCAUGGAAAAUGCGACACCUUCAACAAGAGCGUCACGUUUGGCGUCGCGACCCACGACUUCCAAGUGCUGGGGAAGGAGGCUGUCUCGAUCCUCCGUUCCUACAAGUUUAGCCCCGGCGACCUUCGCGGCCUAGGCGUACAGCUAACAAAACUAGAGCCGAUCAAGGCCUCGCUAUCCGGCGCCGAAGGAAGCCAAAAGAGGCUGAGCUUCGGCGCCUUUCGCACUCCUAACUCGGCACGUAAGUCGACUCUGGAGCCGAUACAGAAUGGCGAUAGCUCCGACGCGACGAGCGCGAGGCACAGGAGGGGCGAGCUAGGCGACCCCAUCACCGAGAGCCCGCUAACCCCGCGAAAACGCAAAUCGGACGUAUAUCACCCGGCGUUUGCGAUAUCGCGGGCGAGUGAGGCGGAUUCCAGAGCCAACACGCCCCUGAACAUCAGCGGGACCCAGUUCAUCAUGCCGUCCAAUCCGGACCUCGCCGUGGUCGCGGAGCUCCCUCCCGACAUCCGGAGCCGACUCAUGGCCCAGGGCAGCAAGGCCUCCUCCUCUCGCGGCGACGACUCGCCAGCGGCCAGAUCGAGGGCGCAGAGCCCGUCCGCAAACGAGGAGGAGGAGAUACCGCCCGAGGUCGACCCAGAGGUAUUCAACGCCCUGCCCGAGGACGUCAAGGCGGAGGUCCUGGAGGCCUACAAACCGCGGGGGAACAAGACCACAACAGCACCGCCGCCGCCGCCGCCACCACCACCACCAAGCCCCCCAAAGCGCCGCAUCCCCAGCCUAUUCGCGCGCGCGCGCGAGCGCCCAACCUCAGGCGACGCGGGCGGCUCCAGGACGGUCCAGACGAGCCUGCUGCUCCCGACGAGGCAGCAACAACUACAGCUCCAAGCCGGCGGCGGCGGCGGCGGCGGAGAUUUCUUCCCGGAGGAAGACUCGGAGAUCGACCCGGCAUUCCUCGCGGAGCUCCCGGAGGACGUCCGGCGCGAAGUGCUGCAGGACCAGCGCCGGCGCCGCGCGCGGAAGCGCCGCCGGCCGGGGGAGGCGGAUGCCGCCGCCGCCGCCGCGUCGAACGGGCAGCAGCAGCAGCGGCGGCGGCUGCGCUUCGCGGUCGGCCCGCGGCCCGCGCUGGUCCCCUUCCCGCUCGCCUCCCCAGCCCCCGACGGGCCCCCUCCGACGUCGCUGCCCGCGGUCCGCGACGCGCUGAGCGCGUGGUUCCGCCGCCACCGCUCCGCCGGAGCGGCCCCCCGCGGCGGAGACGCCGACGCCCUCGCGCUGUACCUCGCGCGCGUCGUCCGCGACGAGCGCGACGUCGAUAAGGCGGUCAAGCUGGUGCGGUGGCUCGAGUACCUCGUCGGCGACGACGACGACGACGACGACGGCCGCAGCUCCGAUGCUAGUAGAAUAGGAGGCGCGGGCGAGGACGAGGAGGGAGAGAGCGGAGGCGGGGUGAGAGGAGAAGGCAAAGCGAGGGCGGAAGAGAGCGAGGCCUGGGCCGACGUCCUAACCCGCCUCAAGCAGGCGGUCCAGGACGCGGUGCGGGAGAGGGGCCUGGGGCCCCUGAGUAUGUAGCUGGGAGCGAUGAGACCCAUUCGCGAUAGUUACGACGAUAACGACGAAGGAUACGAUAGUGAAGAUGGCGGGUACGUGGCGACGAAUGAACAAGUAAAGAUGCAUUAAAGA